AUGAUAACGUCCCCGUCACAAGAAUUGCUGACUCAAAUAAUUAAGCAGGAUGCUUUGGAGAAUAGAUCGUCUCGCCCCGUGUAUUUGAGCUCGGUCGAGGUUCAAGGUGGUGAAUACCUUCUGAGACAAUUUUUCACAAAACUAUUGCAUUCCUUGGUUGAACGUAGUGACUACACCUUGGGUCAAUUGUUGCAUACUGUGGACGAGAGUCAGAAUAACUUGCUUAAAACGAACAUAUUUAAGUCUGUUAAGUCUUCUUUGCAUGUUGAUUAUUUGCACCCAGUUCCUGAGCCAUCAAAGAAUUACAACAGAGAAAAGCUGAUUCCUACAAAAGUUGUGUUUGAUUUAGAGGGAACGCCUUCAGUUGGUGGUGAUGCUGCGUUGGGUUUCAACACAGAGGAUAACCUCGAGGUCAAGUUGGGGUAUCUGAACAACAACUUCAACCACAAUGCUGAACUUAUCAAUGUGGGCGUCAACUACAGACCUUACAAGCCUAACGAGCACCUUCUCUCAUCCAUGAAAUUUGUGUCCAAUCUACGUGACCCCAGCUACAGGUUUGUGUUUGACUUGUACCACUCUCAAAGUAACAAUAGAGCAUGGCAAUUGAACUCUGUCAAGACUACAGGAGGAACCAUUGGUGUGUCCUACACGAGUCAAACGAACUUGCUCUCUGCUUUCACAGGGUUAUCUUUGAACAAAAGAACCGCGUAUGACAUUGACGAUGGUGCUGUUGACUCUGUCAAGCAAUUUGCUGGUAACUUUCUUAAACUGUCCGUUGUCAGUCAUUUGGCAUACAAUAACGUCUCCUACUACGAUUCUAACAGAAAGGUUUUCCCCAAGAACGGAUUUUCUGCAGUUGCACGGAACGAGAUCAGCUCAGACCAGGAGCAAGAGGAGCUCGCUGAGGGGCUGUCAUUUUUCAUCAAGCUGAUAUUAUCGCUUAAUUUGUAUAAGUCGUUCUUCAACAACGCAAUCACCGCUCAUAUUUUCAACGAGGCAGGUAACAUAUACAUUCCUAGAUCGAACGGCUCCAAACUGCUUCACAUAUCCGACAGAUUUUACUUGGGUGGCUACAAUUCCUUCAGAGGAUUCGCACGUAACAGUGUGAACACUGAAGGUGGUCUUCAAUUCUAUAAGACAGGUCUCACUCUUUACAGCAAGCUACCCCAACUCUUGAGGCGUAAGAGGACCGAAGGUGACCCACUUCGUCUCUAUGCUACAGGACUCGUGGGAAACGUUGGCGAGGACGUGUUGGCCACGAGCUCAGGCGCUGCAUUGAGUGGAGGAGCUGGUCUCAGGUACUUCAACGAAUGGGUCAACUUUGAUGUUGGGUACUUUGUCUCUCAGAGAUACCGAUCCUCCGACGCUGUGGGUGUAAGAGAUGGGUUUCAGUUGGAAGUUUCCAUUGGUGGCACAAACAGAACUUAA